AAUCUGUGUGUGUGUCCUGGCCAUGGCUUUCAAAGAGUCUGGAGGGAGACCAGCACUUCCUGAUCUGAAGAUUUUGCUGGUGGGAAAGACUGGGGCAGGAAAGAGUGCAACUGGAAACACCAUCCUGAGGAGAGGGGUGUUUAAAGAGGGGCUUUCCCCUGUAGGCCUGACCUUAAAAUGCGAGACACAUAGUGGAGUGGUGGCUGGGAGAGAGGUUACUGUUACCGACACACCUGGGAUCUUUGACACAUCUCUUUCUGAUAAUCAAAUCAAAUGUCAAAUGGUAGAAAGCAGUAACCACUUCUUCCUGAUAGUUAUCAGGCUGGGGAGAUUCACAGAGGAGGUGAGGGCCACUCUAAAAUGGAUGCAGGAUCAUUUUGGAGCAGAAUCUUUGCGGUACUCAAUGGUGCUCUUCACUGGAGGAGAUGAGCUGAGUACACCAGUGGAGGAGUUUCUGAGAAAAAGCAUCGAUCUUCAGGAAGUCGUCAACCGAUGUGGCGGGGGAUAUCACGUCUUCAACAACAAAGAGAAGAACAACCGCGCUCAGGUUACAGAGCUGCUGGAGAAGAUUGAAGCAGUGCUGCUCAAAACGACAGGUUACCAUCAUGCCGCUAUGAUGAUCCAACAGGCUGAAAGAAAGAUACAAGCAGAGGAGGAGAGAAAGAGAGAGGAGUUUGAGAGAAAGAUCAGAGCCAAGGAGGAGAAAAAGAGGGAGGAAGCCAAGAAAAAGAUCAGGGAAGAGGAGGAGAGGCUGAGGAAGUUUGAGAGAGAGAUCAGAGCAGAGGAAGAGAGAAAGAGGGAGGAGUCUGUGAGGAAGAUCAGAGCAGAGGAGGAGAAAAAGGAGGAGUCCACCUACAGUCUAAUUCAGUUUGCUGAAGUGGCAGUUAAUGUUAUAGCUCUAUGCAUGGGACUUAAGGCAAAAUAAAAGAUAUUGGGGGGAAUCCUGGAGUGUACAUGUAAAAAAAUCCUAAAAACAUCCUAAAAAAUCCUAGAAACUUGUGUCAUUUCGUGAAAAUUAUAUGAAUGCGGUAUUAAAUUGAUUGAUAUUGUAGUGUUACUCCUUGUAAGGCAAUCAACAGAAAAAUGUCAUAUCUUUGCUAAAUGAAUGACAAGCAAAUGCUAAGCAGAGAUAUUGUCACCCUUUGUUUAAAAGCAUGUGCAAUCCAGGCAUUUACUUACUAAUGGUCACGUGCACAAAUGCUAGACAAGCCUCUAGCAUGGCUGCAAAAGGCGAUAUCUCAGUACCUUUGAAAGAGGAGCGUUGUUUUUAAACCAAUGCUUUAAAGGUAACCAUGCCUGUACUCGAUCCUGUGAGCUAGCCGCUCUAAUUCUUUAACUCCCUCAGUGCCUCUGCGCAACCGCUUCAUUUCUUUUUACGCUCAUUUAUUCUUCACUUGACCCGAUUUAGAGUUUUCACCAUUCGAUCAAUACCAUUUGAGUCUGUAAAAAAAAAAAAUCUUAAUGUUUGAUGAAGGCCUUAGUGAACAGUAGUCUCUGUUACAUUGUGGAUCUAUGCUACACAGUGGGAGAAAAAUGGCCAUUUAGAGGCUUCUCUACUUCGUCUAAGAGUCCAGCUCUACUUCCCACUCCCUCUCUGAGGAGGAACCAGUAGAACCAUUGAGUGAGUCGCCCUGCUGCUGGCCUUUAAGAAAACAUUUUUAAAACGUUUAUUCUGUCAUAAAACCGAGGUUGUGCCUUUAUUAAAGGUCAGUGCUUAUUUUUGUACUUUUUUUUUUUUAAACAGUGUUGUAUUUUCCUGCUUUUGUUGAAGUCUGUUAAAUAAGAAUGAAGCGAGAAGAACAGUUUUGAUUUUUUUUUCUCAUUAAUAUGUAGUUUGUUAGUUUGCUAACAUGCAAAGUGACCUCCCUAUUGAAAGAUGGUAGGGAUGUAUAAAAGCUUGCUUAAAUAAUCAAGAUGUAACCACCACUUUUAUUUGUGAGUAUAUUUCUUUUUAUUAUUUACUUAAGGGAAAUCAUGUAACUUUUAAAGAAUAAGGGAUAACUUAAAUUGUUCUGUUUAAUAAAAUGUUAUUUUGGAUCUGGACUGGCCUAAAAAAAUUAGCUGAAAACUA